CUGAAGUCAAUGUAAACAUAUAAAUAUAAAAUAUAUAAAGAAGGCUCCCAGGCACUGGCCUGUGGGACCGCAGCUCUCCUGGGACUGCGAGAAGUGCGGAAACCCUGCCUGUGGGCGGGGGCAGAUCCGCCGAUUGGAUCUGACAGCUCCCCGUUUCCCCGGGACCCGGAGGACAGUUGCACAGAGGAGACGGGUCCGGGUUGCCCGGUUCAGAAAACCCUCAUCAACCCCAGGACAUGGAGCAAGAGGCUGCCCUGUGUCCUCGGGCUCCUUAGCAGCUGUCAGCAUGAGUCACCACCGCGGAAGGGGAGGGAGAGGGAGGUGCUGGGCUUGGCUGCAGCUCAAGCUGGAAAUAGCUCAGCUUUGACUUUACUUCCCAGCCCUGCCAGGUGGGGGUGCUCCACCCCCAGGACCCUGGGCAGAGCCUGCCCCGCCCUGCCAUGUCCCACCUGCCAGCUUGGCCCACAGUACCCUGACCCCAGAGACUUGCUGCAACGUUGUUCCCAAGGUCAGGUCCUGCUCCGCCGGCGGGGCACAUGAUGCCCGUGAGGGUGAAGGAGGCCAUGAAGCCGCCUGAGAAGUCCCUUGAGGUGGAGGAUUCCAUGAAGCUACUGAGCAGCCUCUGUAAGAGGAAGGCGAUGAAGGCGACCUUCAAGCAUGCAGGGCGGGGCGCCCUGGUCACCGGCGCCAUGGCCUUACUCGGGGGCCUGGUCGGGGGCCCUCUGGGACUGGCCGUUGGGAGUGCUGUCGGGGGGCUCUUAGCGUUCUGGAUGCACUGGGGGCAGUUUAAGUCGGUCAGUCAGAUCCUCAAGGAGCUGCCGCCUGCUGAGCAGGAGAAGCUCUGCCACCAGGUCUCGGUCAUCAUCGGGAACCUGCAGUGGACAGACGUCGAGCACCUGACCGAGCUGGUCAAGGGCAACAAGGACCUGCAGAAGCGGCUGCUGAAGCUGCUCGAGGGCUACGUCACCAAGGAGCUGAGGACCUCAGUGCAGUACGGCGACUAGGCUCGGGCGGGGGCCUAACCUGGGGAGGCCU